UGGCAGUACAUUUUCCAAGUAUUUUUACAAUACCACCCAAGAGAAUCAAAGCCCUAGAGAAUCUCCUUAAAGAAAAAUGUCUCUUCACAAUGGCACAAGUAUCAAAAAUUCUACGAACAAGUCCAGAGCUCCUUUUAGAAGAGUUAAAUGAUGUAGAAUACAAAUUCCAGUUUGCCUAUUUCAGGAUGGGAAUUAAACAUGCAGAGAUAGUGCAGUCUGGUUUCUUCCAAGCAUCACUGGCUGAAAUAAACAAACGAAUACAUUUUUUGGAGCGCUUGGGACACUAUCAAACUCCUGAUAAGAAAGGACAGACCCAAAUUGUCAAUCCCAAACUGAAAAGAAUUAUUAGAGCAUCUGAACAGGAUUUUGUGACUGAAAUAGCCUGCUCUUCAAUUGAAGAAUAUGAGGUCUUUAAGAAGUUGCUGGCCGAUGAAGAAGAGCAGAGGAAGCAACAGGAGGAAACAAUGGAAGAAUUAUCAGAUUCAGAGAACGAUGAUGGAGCUGAUUCUGAAUAAUUUUGCAAUUAGAAGUUUUUGCUAUCUGGUAGUAGUAGUAGUUGCUUGCCUUUUUAAGAUAGGAAGGAGGGAGCUGAUGGAUACUUCUGAUAAUAGAGAAAUAAAUAUUUUUAAAUGAGAUUAAAAAAUAAAAGGCAGGUAGGGAAAUCAAAUUCAAAAUAUCAAUUCAUAAAUAUGGCUUUAAAUAAAGUUUCUAAAUGGUAGCCUUAUUUGAAAAGAAAUGUUUUUUUAAAUGCAAUUUUUAUAGCUAACUCCAGGAAUCCUUUCAUUCUUAAAAAAAAAAAAAAGCAGAAUGAUUUUGAAAUAAAGUAUAUAUUUAGUCUAAAAUGAAAAAAAAACAAGGUAACUUUAAUAAAAUAAAACCUUUUUACUUUAUUGGUGCAUUACAUAUGCCUUGAUCUGAUUACAGAAUACUGGAUUGAUAAAGGUCCUCUUCUGCCUUAAGACAGUCUCUAGGAAAAAUUGUGACAAACAAGGAACAAGCAAUAAAGAUCUUUCAUACCCUU